AUGUCGUCAAAUCAUGCCUCUCUAGAAGCCGCUGCUACAGAGCGCAAAGCGAGACUUGCCAAGCUCGCUGCUCUCAAGAGGAAACAGCCUGAGCCAGAACCAUUAGGGGAAGCCGUGGCAACCAAACCGGAGCCGGCUGACCCAGCGCCAGACGUUACAACCACCUACCUUUCAGGCCGAAAUUACGACCCCGAAACACGCGGGCCGAAGCUGGGAUUCGAGAAAGCUCCAACGGAGGGCCAGGUCACACUAGAGCAAAAGGCAUCUGAAAUCGCGAAGGCCACUGCAGAGCAGGCCAAAAAGGAUGCAGAGGCUGACCAGCCCAUCGAUCUAUUCAAACUACAACCUAAAAAGCCGAACUGGGAUCUCAAACGACACCUGGAUGAGAAGAUGAAAAUCCUGAAUGUAAGGACGGAGAACGCGAUUGCGCGGCUGGUACGACAGCGCAUCGAGAACGCGCAGCGUGCCGCUCGAGAGAAGGCAUCCUCCAAGGGCGGCGAAGAGCACGGGGAGGAGGUUGGAAUUGAAGGCGAGACACUGGUGGAGGGUAUCCAUGUGCGCGAACGGGAAGACGAAGAGGAAGAACGAAGGGAAAGAGAAGAGGAAGAUAUGAUAUGA